ACGCCAGUCGCGGCCAUUGCAGAAAGGGACGAAAAGAGUUUCCAAGAUGGCGUCUGUUAUCGGCUCAGAAGUGGAAAUACAGGAGGUGGAAGUAGAAUCCAUUCCUGUAGAAAUGCCCAUGGAAACGGUAGAAACUACAGAUGACACAGUUGAAGUUCAACCUAUGAUAGCCCUACAGCCUUUGCCAGAGGUAGUUCAAGAAGAAAUUGUCUUGCAAACGAGAGAAGAAGUUGUUGGAGAUCCCCACCUUGUCUACGGAGAUACCAUCCCUGUCCCCGCACCUGAAAUAGAAAUAUCUACAGAGGAAAUUACUUCAUCAAUAAGGAAGGGAAAGGGUGGGAAGAAGAAAGGUGGGAAAGCAAGGGCUCUGAACAUUUCUGCGGCUGCAGGGGAGUUGGCGUUUGAGACACGAAAAUGGGAACAAAAACAAGUUCAGAUCAAGACUUUGGAAGGAGAGUUUUCAGUCACAAUGUGGGCUUCAGGUAAUGAUGAUAAGACAAAAUUGGAGGAUGACGCAACACUGGCUGCUGCUGUGGCUGAAACAGAUGCAGAUUUUACAGAGUACAUGACUGGUAAAAAACUUCCUCCAGGGGGAAUACCUGGUUUAGAUUUGAGUGACCCUAAACAGUUGGCAGAGUUUGCACGACCCGGGAUUUCAGUGAACAGUGCUGACUAUAUACUUCAAAAAGAUCUAAGAAUCAAGCCCAGGAAGCCAGCGGAUGAUGUGCCAAGAACAGUGCCUUGUCCACAUAAGGGCUGUAACAAAAUGUUCCGAGACAACUCUGCUAUGAGGAAGCAUCUUCAUACCCACGGCCCUCGUGUACACGUUUGUGCUGAGUGCGGCAAGGCCUUUGUGGAAAGCUCAAAGUUAAAGAGACAUCAGCUGGUACACACAGGUGAAAAGCCAUUUCAGUGUACAUUUGAAGGCUGUGGCAAAAGAUUUUCGUUGGACUUCAAUUUGCGGACACAUGUCCGGAUUCACACUGGAGACCGACCAUAUGUGUGUCCAUUUGAUGGCUGUAAUAAGAAGUUUGCACAGUCUACAAACCUCAAGUCUCAUAUUCUGACACAUGCCAAAGCAAAAGGUCAAACAGGAACGACUUUACAAGAAUAUGUUUUUGCACCAUUGGAAUGAGGGGUGAAAUGCGAAUGUGUUCCAGAAUUAUAACAGUAAGCUUGAGGUGCUGUCCCACAGAUCUAUGAGCACAUGAGAAGACUUGUGCAGUGUCCUGAGACAAGUGCCAGAUGUAUUGUACAUACUUCUUCACUCCACUUCUCACAAUGGCUGUACAUACUGUAAAUUAUGCCAGAUGUGGCUCUCUGUUUUGUUGGAGUGAACAGACACUCAGAUUCCUUGGAAUAUUAUUUAAAUUUGACUUCAUUGGACCAAAAUGUCUACUUCAGGAUGUGAAGUGGUUGUGUAUAGAGUGCUGAAAGCAUCGACUUUGGCUUUUCUCAGAUAAUGAGUGUCUGUGAGGCUAUGUGAUGUCAACAAUUAUUUUGUUAUUGUGACAUGCGAAUUUUGUUCAGUCUGAACUGCGCUUCAUACUAGGGCCUCAGAGUGGGCUCUCCGUGAAACUCCAUGUUUACCGGUAUCACAGCAAGGGCUCUUCCGGAAGGAAAAUAGUCCGACUAGUCCAUGACUGAUCAUGGAACUAUUUUACAGGCUACAGCCCUUCACAGAAGAAUGGGAACUGAAGGUGUCUCUCAACAAGACACACAACCGUUCAACAAGCAGUGGCAUUGCUACCAAUCAACGAGUACUUUAUCAGAAAAUAAACUUUCAAUAAAGUUCUAAGCAGAUCUUACGUACAAAGUA